AAUGCACGUGUCUCUACUUUCUUGUUCAUUUACUCCCGACCCGUAGCCAUAACAACAAGUCUCAGAAAUGAGAAUCAUAGGAUCUUUCAGCAUAAUAUGGGCAUUUGCGGUAUUGUACGUUUGCGGAAUAUCAGUACAUAGGAAAAAUGGCCACUUUGAAAAAACGUCGAGUAAACAACCACAUAUCGUCGUCAUUAUUGCGGAUGAUUUGGGGUGGAACGACGUCGGUUUCCACGGGUCAAACCAGAUACCAACCCCUAACAUAGACGCGCUCGCGUAUUAUGGGGUAAUACUGAACCGACAUUAUGUUCUACCGACGUGUACUCCUUCGAGAACAGCUUUCCUCACAGGACGAUAUCCUAUCAGGGCAGGAAUGCAAGGGUACCCUUUAAAGGCCGGCGAGCCUCGCGGCAUUCCUCUGGACACGGUUCUCCUUCCGGAGCACCUUCGCCGAAUGGGAUAUAGUACUCACCUGGUGGGUAAAUGGCACGUAGGAUACUUCUCGGAGAAUUACACGCCGGCCCGACGUGGAUUCGACGACUUCCGCGGUUACUACAACGGUUACAUCCAGUACUUCAAUUAUACCAUCACUCAACAGAAUCGUACCGGUUACGAUUUUCAUAGGGAUACUGCCACCACCUUGGCAGCUGACUAUACGUAUGGCAGGACGUACUUGACGGACGCCAUCUCGGAGGAAGCUGAAAGUAUCAUUGCCAGUCAUGAUCCCUCGAAGCCUCUGUAUCUCCAAAUAUCUCACGGGGCUCCUCACUCCAGUGAUAACGACGAUACCCUCGAAGUUCGCGACAUGGCCUCGGUCAAUGCAACUCUGGGUUACGUUGAGUCUAUUGAUCGCAGAAAUUUCAUUAAGUUAAAAUUCACCCUUUAUGAGGGGGGAAUUCGCGGAGCGUCCUGCAUUUACUCGCCGCUCAUAAAGGAUCGCUCGCGGAUUUCGAAUCAGCUGGUCCACAUUACGGAUUGGUUACCAACAUUUUAUUCAGCUGCAGGCGGUGAUCUUGCUGACCUUGGCCCUAUAGACGGAGUAGACCAGUGGUCAGCUCUCAGCAAUUACAAAGAAACUCCCAGAGAAUCCAUACUUCUGAAUAUCGACGAAGUCGCUAAUCUCGAAGGAGCUUUAGCUGGUCGUUUCAAACUCGUAAAAGGGGCUGUCGACCUGUAUGGUGAUUAUUACGGUGACAGUGGCAGUGAACCGUCUAAUCCAAAGUAUAACGCAGAGAACGUACUCAAGUCUUUGGCGGGCUUUGCAAUAUCGUCACAAUCGAAAUAUACUUUAAGUGUAUCUAAAAUUAUCGAAUUGAAAGAAAAAGCCAGAGUGGUAUGCGAAGACCGUACAGCUCCAGCUAACUGCUCUAAAUAUUGCCUAUUCGAUGUUAUUAAAGAUCCUUGUGAGACCGCCGACGUAUCCUUGGAAUAUCCUCAUAUCGUCGAAGUCUUAAACAGCUUCAUCGAUCAGUAUCGUCCGGAACUGAUGCCGCAAACUAAUGCAGAUGUGGACCCAGCAUCCUUUCCCGGUCACUUUAACGGAGUUUGGAUGCCAUGGGUUAAGAGUGCGGGCCAAUCAACUUUUUUAAGGAGUAUUCACACACCUCUGCAGUCUGUUUUUCUCGCCGCAUACACUAAAUUAAUUGCUCGGUAUUGAGUGUAAUCUUUUCCUGAAACAGUCGUUUAAAUGACAUUAAACGAAAAAAGAUGCGAGGA